CCUUCCACGUGCAACGAUUGUGCGGCUAGCUGGGGGGAAACCACGCAACCACGCAACAAGGUAUUUCACAUGUUCUAGAAUUUUCAAAAUGGGCGACACAUCUCUUGUAAAAAAGCUGCACCCACCCGCCAAAUGGGCCCAGAGAGCUGACACAAUCUUACUGACGAUAUCUGUGGAAGAUAUUGAAAAAGAACAACGAGAGCUCAAGGUGGAAGACGACAGAUUUUUCUUUCAUUGUAAAGGCGGCCACGAGCAUCAUGUGUAUGAGCUAGACUUUAAGCUUUACAAAGAGGUUGACGGCAGUAGUUUAAGACAAAUCCCAACCGACAGAGAACUCACCUUCGCACUGAAGAAGAAAGAGCCUGGCACUCCCUUCUGGCCUAGGCUGCUUGAAUCAAAAGAGAAGCAACAUUGGCUCAAAGUAGAUUUCAACAGAUGGAAAGAUGAAGAUGAUUCAGAUGUUGAAGAGGACGGAAACUUUGAAGACAUGAUGAGGAAGAUGGGAGGUGGUGUUCCACAAGGUGAGAUGCUAGAAGGCAUCAACGAUGAAGAAGACAGCGAUGAUGAGGAGUUACCGGAUUUAGAAUAGAUUCCAUGACAACAAAAAAACAGCCAGGUAUUGAGAACUUGGGAAACCUAGUGGACAGUCUAAUCAACUCUAGUCAUCCAUUUAUACCGGAGAAUCCACCAAUCAACAACUGCAAGGACAAGACGAAAGAUGGUGACUCUAAGUGUGGGAUGAAGGUCUAUCGACCCUUCUAUAGACUGUGAUCUGGGUCCAAGACCCUCUUGAGGUACCCUAGUGCUAAGUUUCUCAGCUUGGUGACUGACUAUUGGCCUGGUGUUUAUAUAUUUCCUCCCGUUUUUAUAAUCAUUGUAUUACUUCAUUGCGGUAUAAAAUUGCCCCACUUAAAAAGUCAAGGGUUUAAUCUUAAAAUUCAUAAUUGUUGAGUUUACAAUGAAACAGACUUGUACUUUUUGAUAAUUAGUUAUAAGUUUCAGAUUUAAUUUUAAGCUCAAUAAUUAUGGCAGGUAUUAAAGCAGUAAUAUUAUAUUGGGAUUAUGACGUGCAUGUAAUAGUAAUACAUGCAUAUUAUUAGCUUGCUUUAAGCUAGUCCAAAGACUUGAAUGCUAAGUGCAUGCACUCAAAAAAGCAAACAGAAAUUAACCGAAAUAUCGUCUGAGAAAUGUCCAAUCUGCCGGGAGAUUUUGACGCUUGGUACUCAUGGCUUGCCAACCAAAAUCACCAAUAUUGGGAAAUUGAUUUUGAUGGAGUUAUAGGUAAUAUACAACAUUUGCUUUUGCUGUAGUUUUCGGAAAUAUAUAGAUUUGGGGAUCAGUAUUUUAUAGGAAAUGUUAUACUGACCAGUUAAAAGUUUUGUGUUCAUUGAUGCUGGAAAACCGAGAAAAAAAUAUGUCCUGGUACAUGUAGUCUGGUUCCUUGACCACUUCAGACUAAAUAGAGCAAUUUAUAGACGUCGGGGAAUUGUCAGGUCAGGAAACCAGACUAGCUAGUGCAAUCAUUGCAACCGUUCACUGAUCGGGAAACCAGACUAGCCAGAUAUGUAACCAACUUCAAACAAAAUUUGGACUACAUGUAACUAAUAUUGGUAAUUUGGGGGCAGUAUUCGAAAGAAGAAAAAAGCAAGUUUUUCCCAACGAUGGUCAGCCGACCGUCCUUGGAAAAUUCCAUUUUUCUUGAAAAUGACAGCACACCAGGUGCCAUGAUUUCACAGGACACUUAAGACCAUUAUUCACUUUCAAGCAAGGUAUUUUUCAAUAAUUUGGUAGCUUUGUUUCUUGACGUUUGCAAGUGUUGUAUAUUGCCUUUAAGUCAGAUUAUAUGUACAAAGAAUGGGCCAUUAAUUUCCUGCACUAGGACUAUUUUGGCGGACUUAAAAAAGCCUUCUUAAAAAAAAAAAUUGGUUAAACGGUUCCGUAGGGUGUCGCUGUAGACCAUAGACAAAGCAAUACUGCAAACCAAUGCUUAGUUGAAGCAUGCCCAACAACAUGACACAUUGCAACACACCGCUUAGCUUGACUUGAGAUAUUUUUCUGAGUCUCUGAUUGUCAAAGGUUUUUAAAUACAAUGCACGAAUAAACUCAUUGAAUAAGACUCGGUGAUCUGGCUAGGCAGUUGUACAUUAUGCAUUUUUCUAUUUGUAUUAUUUCUUAAUUCAUAAUCAUUCAUGGUUUGGCUGCCUCUGAAAUCGACAGAAAUAGGUGUUGGUGUCAGAGUUAGCCGACUUUUGUUUAUAUUGUUGUACACAGCCAACAAUGUUGCUUAAAUCUCAGAGAGUGAACGCAGAUUGAACUUGGUGUAAAAAUUGUGGUGUUUUUUUUUAUUUUAUUAGUUCAUUGUUUUUCUGGACAAAGGAAAUAAAAGUGAGUGUGAACUUGAGUGUACGUGUUCUACGUAACCCAGAGGACCGACACACAAAGGCAGAACAACAGAUCCUUUCAGUCCUCGGGAGUUGGAGUUUUUGUUAAAAUUGGCCCUCUGUAGUUAUAAUUUGUGUGCUUAGUCUUUGGGAGAGUGUUAUAUUAUAGGGAGAAAGGGAAACAAAGCAUUGUCCUCGAGAGUAUAGUAAAACAAGAGUGUAUGUUCAGGAAGUGUGUCCUACUGUGUAUCUUGAGAUUAAUUUUCUCAUUUAUGAAGGAUCUUUACAUGUAAUUCUAACUCUCUAGCAUAAUUUACUAGGAACCAUCACCAUAUGGGAAACUGCACACACAUAUAUUUCUGACUUUGAUUCUGGAGGUGUGCCAACCCAAUGUAAAAUACUGUCAGUUUAGGGGUACUGUACCCAUCCUGACAGAUUUCAACAAAACAUGCCACUGGGGUUUGAUGGGUUGAUUUCUUAAAGAAUGAAGUAUAAGCAGUGGUUUAAAAUUCAUAAGUAUGUACAUGUACUCGAGUGGAGCUUAUUGAUUGGAGGUUGAACCUCAGACCUUAGGAUUACUACUCCAGUCCUCGGCAGGACAUGUUGAGAGUUUUCUAGGGAUUGGUCAAAUUGUACCUCUGGGCCUAGAAGCCAUAGAAAGCGAUAAAUAUCGAUACUGGUGAUCCAGUGGUCUUGGGUUCACAGCCUGUUGGAGUGUGUUCACCUCUGUCCACUCACACAAAUGUUUAAGUUACAUACCUAAUGUGGACAUUCCUUUGUUUUCAUGUAGUUAAGAAAAAAACCUGUGGAAAAAAACUCAUUUUACUCACAGUGAAAACUCUUUCAACCCAAUUUGUUUAAUACUAUGUUUCCCCUAAGUGUUUUUUCUUAAUUUUGCAAGGGAUAAACCUUACCCAAAAAAUGCCUCUAAGCCUGUUUUCCAGAGGGGCGAACCUUGUGUGGACGUGGGCAAGUCCACACACAAUCUAUAAAAACUGGUUUAUGUGGACAUCUUUUAUUCGGAAGUCCACACAGUGAAUGUAAUGCUUGUACAUCUAAAUUGUUUAUUAACUUUUUCAAAAUGAAUGCCAGAAGUUGUAGUACACAAGUAUAUGCAUUGUUCAUGUAUGCAAAGUUAAUUCACACAAAAAGAGGACUUUCCAAAUUUCAGACUAUGUAGUGUCUUACUAUUUUGAAUGGCAGAAAUGGAAAUUAAAGAGGAAAUCAGCUGAUCCGAGGAAAAGUUGCAUGCCCGACUCUAAAUAUUGCCUAAGACAUAUUACCCAGCUUUGCUUCCCAACAAAAUGAUAUUUCUUUAGACACAACAAACCCUCAUUAAUUAAUGCUGCAUUGUAAAGGUUUCAGUCACACACACAUGAAUGUGUUUGAUCACCAUCUGCAUUCAAUAAACCAUCGUCAAUGAAACAAUUUCCAAGUUGAA